AUGUACUCUUUCUUUUGAAUUCCUCCUUACAGCUCAACACUGCCGUCCUUUGGUUUUCUUUUUGAAAUUGAUGGUGUACUGGUACGAGGAAAGACUCCAAUUCCUGAAAAAAAAGCAAAAACAGCCUUUCAAAAACUAGUGAAUUCUCAGGGACAGUUCUUGGUGCCUGUAGUAUUUGUCACCAAUGCAGGGAAUUGCCUUCGCCAGAAAAAAGCUGAUCAGUUGUCUCAUCUGCUGGGAGUUCCAAUUUCGCAAGAUCAAGUCAUGAUGUCACACAGUCCUCUGCGGAUGUUCAAACGUUAUCAUGAAAAAUGUGUUCUCGUAUCUGGACAAGGACCACUUCUUGAUAUUGCUCAAGACCUUGGUUUCUGUCAGCCUAUUACCAUUGAAACGUUGCGGGAGAAACACCCUUUGCUGGAUGUAGUUGACCAUGACAGAAGACCUAACGUUCUGUACCCCUCUGCUGUGGAGCUUCCCAAGAUUGAGGCUGUUGUUUUGUUUGGGGAGCCAGUCAGAUGGGAGACCAACCUGCAGUUGAUAAUAGAUGUUUUGCUGACAAGUGGCUAUCCUGGAAAUCCGUACCACCAUGAAAAUUACCCGCACAUUCCUGUGCUGGCUUGCAAUAUGGAUCUGAUGUGGGUAGCUGAAGCACAGUCUCCAAGGUUUGGGCAUGGGACAUUCAUGGUUUGUUUGGAAAACAUUUACAAGAAGAUCACUGGCAAAGAUCUGAAAUACGAGGCCUUAAUGGGCAAACCUAGUAAACUGACCUACCAGUACGCAGAAUACCUCAUCAGGGCUCAGGCAGCAGAAAGACGAUGGAAGCAACCCAUUCAAACUCUUUAUGCUGUCGGAGAUAAUCUCAUGACUGAUGUCUAUGGUGCUAACCUUUACAAUCGCUAUCUUGAAGAGAACUCCAGAAAAGGUUCAAAGCCACGGCUUCAGGCCAAAGCUGCUGGUGGCAGAGGAUCUGCUGCUCCCUCCCAGGAUGAUGAGAUAGACAACAGUUGGGAGAAUGAAUUAGCAGCUGCAGCUGCUGCCCGCUGUAGGUCUGUUCUUGUUUGUACUGGGGUUUACAACCCUCACACAGAGGUAACCUUGGACACCAGGGAGAGCAUAACUGAAACGGUGUUCCACGGCCACAGAGAUUUUAGAUUUGAUCCUGGUUUGGUAGAACCAGAUCAUAUUGUACCAGAUGUUGAUGCUGCUGUAGACCUGGUCUUCCAGCUGGAGAACUUUGCACCCAACUGA